AUGUCAAGUCGAGUCGACACAAGGCGCUCUUUGCUGCCAGAUGCUCUCGCUCUAAAUGUGGCAGCUGCGGCUCUUGAGCAGCAAGCUUGCUGGGCCCACCGCUUAAACUUCGACUUCGCCAAGUUAAUUCGAGCCGAACUCUGGAAACCCUUUGAGGUCAGUGCAUCAUUGCUUCUCUCAGAAGCGCAGAGCCGGGAUGAUCGGCUGUUGGGCCCAGAGGUUGCCGGCUGCCCAUCAUCUGUUGCUGGAAGUCCUCGCAGGCACAGGUGUGCAUCUCGGGCCGCAGGAUUGCUCCGUGAAUUGGGGUACGGCGCCCCCAGCAAUCUGAGAGAUGCAAUGCAAGCGGUGCAAAAGAACAUUUCCCUGUAUUUGCAGAAUGAUCGGAAAUGCCAUUGUGGAUCCGGUGCUGACUGCGUUGUCGACGGUCGAACUCUGCCAGCAAAGAACGAGCUGGCAAAUGCGUGCUACUUCACGUACCGUGUCGGAUAUGUGAUUUGCGACACCAGCUUGGGCCCGGCUGAAGCUCAGAAAGAGAUGGAGGCCGGUCGCUGCAACGAAGAUUUCCGGUUGAUGGGCUCUGACUUUCAGCGCUUGGUGACCGGCCACUAUGUCGAAGGAGCGCGGCCUCCGUUCGAAGAGGCCAUGUGGCUUCUGACCUCGCCGGACCACUUCCAGAGCCGCACACUGUCCGAAUGCCCGCCUAUGCAGAUCUUGGCAAAUUUCUUGUACGCGGAGGCGUUGCUGUUCAUGGAUGGAUCAUCGAGGUUCGGUGAAUCCGCUGCUUUGGUGGCGCAGGCCAUGUCACAGCUGCGAGAUGUACCGCAGGAAGUUUUGGAAGCCCUGGGGCGCACGUGGCCACUGGACUUCGCAAAGCAAAAAUUUGAGGAAAGUUUCCUUUCAGCAGAGCCCCGGCGACGAGAAACCCGUUCCGAUGGUAUUCAGGCAAACAUCGUGACCUGCCGAUGUGGACUGCAAAGUCUGACAUGGCUGACUGAGAUCAUUCCCGAAAAUGCGGCCGUGCAAAUAGUGAUUUAUGACACUUGUGGUCCUGCUCCGAAGCCUUGGGGCCUUCCAGACGUCUUGUCUGCAGCCGACUUCAAGGAGAAAUGCGCUCGCGAACCAGAUGUUGCUGAAGCAGCCGCCGUGGCAGACUGCCCGGUUGAACUGAUCUUGCAGCAUUUGCUGACGUAUGGUUCCAACGAAGCACCAUUUCUACUCUACUUGCCAUCGCUUCCACCAGUGGAGUACGAACAGCAGCUGUACACGUUGGUCGUGCGGAGCUUGGCCCGGAGGACGCUUCGUGCGGACUUCGUUCAGCUUGGGCAUACACGGUCAUCGCCAAAACCAUUGAACUCGUGCGAGAGAGCUGUUUUGCUAGAAGCUGGCAUCCAUGGCCACGUAAGCGGGUAUGAAACACCCCGAUUUCUCGUCAGUGCGGAACGCAUCUCAGCAUCACUGCAACGUGCACAUGCGAUGUUGCUUGUUUUGGAGACUGCCGCUGAAUGUACAGGGCAAACGUGGGAAGGAAUUAUGCGUGGCUUGUGGCAUACUGUCUUUGGAGAGGCUGCGCUGCUUCCAACUCGCGCAGACAAUGCGCAAAUUCCUAGUUAUUUGCGUGUGCUUGAUGGCCCCAGCGGGUUUGCCAAGACCAGGAUGCCAAAGUCAUCUGAUUAUUUAGAUUGGGCAGCAACCGCCUUGCAUGAGCCUUGA